AUGAGUGGGGAAAACUAUAACCCGGGCUGUGAUGGUCGACCAGGGCGACCCUCGUCUCGAUAUCCGCCCUGGGAAUAUCAGGAGAGUCCCAAUCCCCGCCGAUACCUUUCCCAUCACGACUAUUACGAUGGGUACGGGUCUAGGCGACAGCAGGAUUACAUCCCGCGGGCUUAUCAACUACCAUCCCUGGCCCGGGGUGACCCCGAUCCCUACUUGUUGGACGCUGCAGUCCCUCGUCGGCCGCAACAGGCACAGGGCCCCGGACUCGGUUAUCCAUCCUACCGGCCCGAUCACUCUCCCAUCAAAUCAUCUUCAUCUCCUUCAUCCCGCGGUGAUAUCAACAAGGACCAGCAACUGCAUCAGCGGCCUCAUUUCGGCCCCACUGAGAACCAGCGGAUCGCUGUCGUGAAGCCCAUCAAGCAUUCCGCCUCUGCUCCCAGCACUCAAGAUCAAAGGUCGACGGAGGGGGUUCGAGUGGGAGGGAUCCCCGUGCAGACUCAGACGUCACCGUGGCACCAAAUGCCCUCACUGCCCGGGGAUCCGGGGGUGUCAACGUCCAGCACCCCCCGGCCGAGCACUGGAUCCCUUCCCCCUCUCCCUGGGUCUGGGCCUGGUGUCACUGCUCUCAAUAUUACUCCCCCGGUCAAACAAGAACAACAUCUGGGGAAACACAUCACGUCCCUCAGCAAAACCGACUCCGUCAAAGAUGAAAUGAGUCGGAGUGAAUUAGUGUCGGACGAACCGAUCGUGGUCGUCCCCGUGUCCUGGUCCCCCGUCGAUGGACGACUGAGAAUCGACCUCGUCGAGAUCCUCAGGUCCAUUCCCCCUCCCCAUUCCUCCCGUUUCCUCUCUUCAUCUUUUGAACCCAAGCCAAAAUAA